AUGUAAUAAGAGGAUUAGGAAAAGAUCAAUCUCAUAAGUGAAUUAAAUCUACAUAAAUAAUAAGUGGAGGAAUACAAGUCUAAAUACUUUUAAGCAUAAAAGGAAAUAGAAAACAAAAACAAAGAAAUUGAAGGGUAAUGAUAUCAUGAAUUAAUAUUAGUUUGAGAUAAAUGAUGUAAAUGACCUAGUCUAUUAGGGGAUCUGAUGGUAGAUAAUCAGAGGAUUUAAGAAGAAAUUUGUAAGUUUUGAUGUCAGAGAAUCAAAGUUUGAAAUAAUAAACACAAGAACUAUAAAGUUAAUUGUAAUAAUUCAAUUAGGCAAAUGUGUAUUAGCCUUAAUAAUUAUAAUAAAUAUAAUUACAAUAAGAAAUAAAUCGUUUAAAUAAUGAUAAGAUGCUAAUUUAAGGAAAUUUAGAUAUUUUAUAACAGUAAUUCGAUGCAAAAACUAAAGAUUUUGAUUAAUUAAAGGUGAGAUUGUAGGCAAUAGAUUUUAUACAGAAUCUUCCAUAAGGUUAGGAAGCAAAUAAAAUAUUGGUAAUGGGUAAGGAAAUAUAAAGAUUGAAUUAAUAAUUGAUUUAGAGAGAUUAAGAACUAGAAAUUUUGAGAUCAUAAUUACUAGAAUAGUAAAAGGGAUUGUAAGAAAGGGAUAAUUUAUCAGCUUAAUUAAGAUCAUAUGAAGAUAAAGUAAGGGGAUUGUCAACUGAUAUUGAAAGUAUGUUAAUAUAAGUUGGAGGAUUGAAAUAUGAUGUAUAAUUAAAGAAUGAAUUGGAGAGAUGCAAAUAAUAGAAGUUAGAUCUUGAAAGAGAGUUAGUUUUAUGGAAGGAUAAACAUAAUAAGUUAGAGAAUGAUUCUAAACAUUUGUCUGAAAUAGAAAGAAAAACUGAGGAUUUAUAAAAUAGACUUAUAAGAACAAAUGAAGAAAAUGAAAGAUUGGAAUAAGAAAAUAGAGGAAUAUAAUUGAAAUUAUAAGCCUUUGAUAGAUUGCUUAGAGAUAAGGAAUAAUUGGAGAGGAAAAUAUAAGAUUAAGAAUCUAAUAUUUAUAAUAUGGAAUAACAAUUGAAUGAGAAAAGGAGAGAAAUGGAGUAAUUAAAAAUAAGAAAUAGAGAUUUAGAAUAGGAUUUUAUAAAUUUUAAGGAGAAUAUAUUUAGACCUAAUGAAGAGAGAUAAAAGAGGUUAGAGAUAGAGAUUGAGAAUUGGAGAAAUAAAUGUUUAGCUUUAGAAAGUAAUUUUUUUGGGAAUAAUGAAAGAUUGUAUGUGGAAAAUGAAUUAAAGAGAUUACAUGGGAUUGUAAUUUAAUUAUAAUAAGAAAAUGAUGAGUUAAAAAGUAGACCUAGAAGAAAUUAAAAUAAUUAUGGUGAUGAAUAAAGAUUAAAAAUAUUAUUUGCAGAAAGGGAGAAAUUAUAUAUUGAAUUAGAAGAUGCAAAAAGAAGAAUUGCUUAAUUAGAGAGAUAGCCUUUAGGUUAAUAAUAAUAGCCAUUAUAAUAUUUUGAUAUUAGUGAUAGUGACAAAGAUUAAUAGAUUUAGGAACUUAAAUAAGGAAUUAAUUUAUUAAUAGAUGAAAAUAAAUAAUUAAAGGCUGAGAUAGAUAAAUAGUAUUUAUAAAUUGAAUAAUUGGAGAUAGAUAAAAAUUAUAUCAAAACUAAAUAAAUUGCUCCUAAAGAAACUGUUCUUGAAAUGUUGGCUAAAUAACCUGAUUUACAUAAAAGUGUUUUAGAGUAGUUGGCUAGAAGAUUAUAUGCUGAUCUCAAAGCUAAAGAUUAAAUUAUUGAAUAAAUGAAUUAAAAUUUAUCUGUAAGUUAAUAGUUGCAAUAUGAAAAAAAGAUUUCGGAUUUAGAAGGUUAGAUUUAAACUCUAAUUAAUAACUAGAAAUAAUAAUAAUAGUUAUCUAUUUCUUAGAAUAAUAUAUUAUAGCAACCUGAAUAAUAAUCUUUAAAAAAUUCAAGUAUUUCUAGUCCUAAUAAAAAAAAAAUAUUUGAUUAGAUUGAUUUUGAGAAAAUAAUUGAAGAAAAUUAAUAAUUGAAAAAUGAAAUUAAGGAAAUUAAAUAAUAAAAAGAUUAUGAAUUUGUAGAAUUAUUAGAACAAAAGGAAAAAGAAUUAGAACUUAUUAAAUUAAAAUUUAAUUAAAUUUAAAAUAACUAAAGCAAUCUUAAUGUGGAUGAUUUAAAAAAAUUGAGAGAUGUAUUAGAAUAAAAAGCAUAUGAAGCAUAAGAAUGGAAGGAUAAAAUGGCUACAUUAUAAAUGUAAGUAAGAAAUAAAGAAAAUUUAAAUUACAAUAGACCUUUUAGUCAAAAUAUACUUGAAUAAGAAUAUAAAAGAUUGAGUUAAUUAUAUGAAAUAAAAUCAUUAGAAGUUGAAGAAUUAAAAGCAAAAUAGGGAUUAAAUGGUUAAUUAGUAAUUAGUGAAAAUUUAUAAAGUUAAAAUUUAGAUGUUAUAAAAUUAAAAAGAAUUUUAGAGAUGAGAACUGCUGAAUUAGAAGAAUGGAAAAAUAAAUGUUUGAAAAUGUAACAAUAUUAAAAUUAAUUAUAAAAUCAAAAUUAAGGAAUUAAUGGAGUUUCAGAUUUGGAAGAAUAAAUUCGUAAACUUAAACUUACUCAUGAUUAUAAAACCAAAGAAGCUGAAGAUUGGAGAUUAAGAUAUAAUUAAUUACUUAAAAAUUAAGAUCCUAAAUCAGGAAAAGCUAUUGAUGAAUUAUAAACAGAAUUAGUUAAACUCAAAAGAAUACAUGAUGCUAAACAUUAAGAAUUAUAAGAAAUAUAACCAAGAUUUUAAAGAAUUUAAUAAGAGAAAGAUGUUAUGGAAAAUGAAUUAAGAAGGCUCAAAUACUCAUUAGAAUAAUAAAUCUAAGAAAAUGAAAUGCUAAAAAAGAAACUUGGGCUUAGUACUGGAGGUAAUAUAAAUAAUUUAUAAAAUGAUAAGGUUUAAAGAGAAUAACAAUUAAAAAUAUAAUAAUUACAAUCAUAAUUAUAAUAAUAUUAAAGCUAAAUGAAUGAUUUUAAUUAAGAACAUAACAAAUUGAAAUAAACUCAUUAAAUUAAAUAAGAUUAAAUUAAAUCUAUAGCUUUAAAUAUUGACACUAAAGAAUAGUAAAUGAGACAAUUGUUGGAUGAAAAUUAAAAACUCAAAAGCCUUUUAGAACAAAAAUCUAAAGAUAUAGAGGAACUAAAAGCUUAAUUGUAAAAGGCAUCAUAAAUGCUUUAGUAAACAUCUAGAGUAAUUUCAUAUAUUAAAUUUCUUAGGAAUAUCAAGAAUAUAGAAAAUCAACUUAAUCUGUCGAAAGUUAUAAAGCAUAAUUGGCAAUUAUGUAAAAUAAGAUCUAAGAAUCUGAGAAAAGAGUAUAAUAGAUAUAGAGUGAUAUGCAAAAGUUGUAAAAUGUUCUUAGGGAAAAGGCUUCAGAAAAUGAUAAACUCAAAGGUAUUUUUAUUAAAUUAAAUAAAGAAAAUUUAAAUAAAGUGAACCAAUAUUAAAAUGAGAAAAAUAUGGUAUUGCAAUAGUUGCAGUAAGCCAAGACUACAUUAUAGGAAAAAUAAAAAGAAAAUGAGAAAUUCAAACAACAAUACUCAUAGUUAUUAUAAUAACAUUAGAAAUUACAGGCUUAACAGGCUGAAACUAAAAGUUAGUUGGACAAAUUAAAAUCUGUUUUAGGAAAUUUUGGAAAAUGA